AUGGAGAAGCAGGAUAACCAUUUCUCAUUUUUUGAGACUCCAAAUUUUGUGAGACAAUCAGCACAUAUUUUAUCAAUUUUCACUGUUCCUAUUUAUUGGUUAGGUUUUUAUUGUAUUCUUUAUAAAACUCCAGAAAAUGUGAAAAGUGUCAAAAAUUGUAUGCUAAUCACAUUUGUUUUGUAAGUAUUUUUUAAAAUUUGACCAAAGAAAUAUUUUUUGCGCAGAUGUUUCAUUCAAGAUAUUGAUUUGACGUUUCUAACAAUUCCUUAUGUUUUGAUCCCAAGUUAUUCUGGAUUUCCAAUUGGAAUUAUGAGUUAUUUUGGGAUUUCAGUAAAAUAUCAGACAUAUGUUGGACUAUUAUUGAUCUAUGGUUAGUGAGAAAUUUUUCUAAUAAAUGAAAAAAAACUUAUAUUGCAGUUGUCCUAACUUCAAUUUCCUGUCUCCUUGAAAAUCAAUAUCAUAUAAUAAAAAGAAUCCGAACAAGUGCAAUCAUAAUCCAAGGUGCAAUUUACACCAUAAACAUUGCUGUUUUUGUGUACUGCAUAACUUAUAUAUUCACUCAAACUCCAAACCAAAUCGAAGCACGUCAACGAAUUUAUCAAACAUUACCCUCACUUUAUCCAGAAAUUUAUGAAUAUGAGAUUUUUGUGGUCACAGAAGAUUCAGCAAUGCUCACAUAUAUCGUACUGUUGGUUUCAUUGAUAAUGUUCAAUACUCAUUUUUCAUUUGCUCCUCAUUUUUCCAAUUAUAUUCCGCUUCUCGAAAUGCAGUUUUGAGUCAAUUAACUCAAAGUCUACAAAAACGGCUAUUUUUUGGAGUUUGUGUUCAAGUUCUUCUACCAUUUGUUUCUCUUAUUGUUCCAUUGUUGUAUAUUGUCUAUUCCAGCAUUUUUGAAUAUUACAAUCAAAGUGAGUGAUAAUUGAUUGAAAGAGAAAGUUUAUAAAAUCAAUAUAUUUUAGUUCUCAAUAAUUUUGGUGUACUUUGUAUGUUAUUACACGGUUUCCUAUCUGGUUUAACAAUGCUAUUGAUUCAUCGACCUUAUAGAGAUGUCUUAUUUUCUAAGUUCAAAAAGAAAAAGAUGGCUUCAAGUGUUGUACGGUGAGUGGAAAUAUCUAAACAAGUACAAUAUAAAUUUUCAGAACUCAAACAUAUCGUUAUUGAUUAAUCUGAAGUUUUUCGUAAAAUAGAAGUUAUAUUUAUUCUUCCAAUUUGGCAUGAGAUCAUCGAAAAAUAAACACAUUUAAAUAAUACAGAAAAUAAUGUAUUGAUCUUCAGAACCAAUAAAACAUUUUUCACAACAUUUUGUUUUACUUUGUAUAAAAAAUAACAAGGAAACCAUUUUGGCUCAUGGUCGAAUUUUGAGCUCAAAAUUGUUUAUGGUCAGUUUCAGUCAUCCUAAAGAACAUAUAUAAAUCCUGGACCAGGUUUUUCCGAUUUUGCAAUUGAGUUUCUCAUGAUUUGAACUACUGUCCAUUAAAAAAAGUUUGAGCACAAAACUCGACGGCGAGCUGAUCAGGUUCCCUUGUAAGAUCCGAUUUUAUUUGCCGUCGUUCUAUGAACAAAAUUAAUAAACUUGAAACCAUUUUGAUCAAUUUUUCCCCGCCAAAAAUAAUUAAUUAAACUUUUUGAUUUUUUUUGAAACCAAAAAGUGUUAUUCUAUGAAUUUGGGCGUGUCUGAAUAAUCUUCACAGACAACACAUUAUUUUCUUUUUCAUACCUUAUAAUUUUCAAAAACCAUGGAGAAAAAAGUAACAUUUAGUUAUUUCGAAUCUCCAGAAUUUUUGAAAAGCGCAGGCCAUUUUUUAACAUUUAUUACUAUCCCGAUUUAUUUUCUUGGUUUUUAUUGUAUUCUUUUUAAAACUCCAGAUAAUGUGAAAAGUGUCAAAAGUUGCAUGAUGAUGAUGUUUUCUCUGUGGGUUUUUGAAAAAAAAAAACAAAAUACAAAUAAAAUAAUUGUUGUUUUUAUGCAGAUGUUUUAUUCAAGAUAUCGAUUUGACAUUUCUAACAGUUCCAUUUAUUUUACUUCCAAGUUAUUCUGGGUUUCCAGUUGGAAUUAUGAGUCAUGUUGGAGUUUCCAUCAAAACUCAAACUGUAAUUGGAGUUUUUAUAAUUUAUGGUAACCUUUGAUUACUUGAAUAAUUUCUGAAUAACUGAAGUGUCUAGGUGUUCUAACUUCUAUAGCUGGUAUCCUUCAAAAUCAAUAUCAUUUAAUCAAAAAAGUUAAAAUGAAUCCAUUGAUUAUCCAAUUUUUAUUAUAUUUCAUCAAUAUUUUAACCUGUGCAUUUAGUCUUUUCGAUAUUUUCACAAAAACACCAAACCAAGCAGAAGCUCGAGAAAGAGUUUUCAAAAGUCUACCGCCGCUUUAUCCAACAAUUUAUGAAUAUGAUUUAUUUGUGAUUACUGAAGAUUUAGCAUUUGUCUCAAAAUAUAUUAUAUUUCUAAUUUCAUUGGUGGUUGGCGAAUAUAUAUUUUUUAUUAGUGGCUCCUGGUUACAUCUACGAUCCGUUUCUCGAACUACGAAUUUAAGCAGAAUAACACAAAACUUACAAAAACGAUUGUUUUUUGGGAUUUGUAUUCAGGUUUUACUUCCAUUUAUUUCAAUUAUAGUUCCAUUUUCAUAUUUUGUCUAUUCUUGCAUGUACAAUUAUUAUAAUCAAAGUAAGUUGUUCUACAUAUCUUGAUGAAGUAAUAAUUAAAUUUUGAAGUUUUCAAUCACUUUGCAAUUCUUAUCAUGUUAUUUCAUGGUUUCUUGUCUGGUUUAACAAUGCUAAUAAUUCAACGCCCAUAUCGAAAAUUCAUAACAGGCUUUUUCAAUAAAAAUAAAACGUCUCCACAUAUUGUAGGGUUGGUUUAUUUUUUCUUGAUCUACAAGUUUUUCAAAAUUCUUCAUUCAGAACUCAAUCUUAGUAUCGAUACUAACUUCUUGUUUUUGUGGCCUCUGCAAAAAAUUUAAAUAAUCCAGAAAAUAAUGUAUUGAUCUUUAGAACCAAUAAAACAUUUUUCACAACAUUUUGUUUUUUUUGCAGUACCGUUUCCAUCCCAGUGUUGUUUGAAAAAGUUCCGAUUUGAUUCGCCGCCAUUCUAUGAACAAAAAAUAAUGAACUUGAAAUCAUUCUGAUCAAUUUUUCCCCGCCAAAAAUAAUUAAUGAAAAUUUUUGAUUUUUUUUUUGGAAUCAAAAAGUGUUAUUCUAAGAAAUUGGAGGUAUAAAGAAUCUUUACAGACAACACAUUAUUCUCUUUUUCAUACCUCAUAAUUCUUGAAAAACCAUGCAGCAAGAAGGAACAUUCAGUUAUUUAGAAUCUCCAGAAUUUUUGAAAAACGCAGGCCAUUUUGUAUCACUUAUCAGUAUCCCGAUUUAUUUUCUUGGUUUUUAUUGUAUUCUUUAUAAAACUCCAGAUUAUGUGAAAAGUGUUAAAAAUUGUAUGAUGAUAACUUGUUUAUGGUUGGUUUGAAAUUUUUAUGUGGCUAUGUGAAAUUUAAAAAAAUAUAUACUUCAUAGGUGUUUCAUACAAGAUAUCGAUUUAACAUUUCUAACAGUGCCUUUUGUUCUGAUCCCAAGAUAUGCUGGAUUUCCAGUUCGAUGUUUAAGCAAAUUCCAGUAA